AUGGCAAGGAAUCUGAGUGUGUUGGAAGUCCUUCUGAUCAUCUUCUUCCUAACUAUACUCGCCUUAGAUAUCUUCUUGAUGCUUUUGGUGUUGGGAAAUCCUUCAGGUCGUUCAUUUGUUCCAGAGUGCCCAGAUAUCCCCGAAUCAGAGAGGAUAGACUGUGUUCCUGGGCAUGUGGUGACAGAGAAUGUCUGCAGAGGGGUAUAUAAAUGCUGCUGGAAGCCUGUGACACAUACAGGUGCCCCGAGGUGCUUCUUCCCUAGGAACUGGGGCUAUAAAGUUGGCCAGAGACAGAAUGAUACAACAGGGUUUACCGCCAAGUUGAAAAGGCUACCUACCCCAUCUCUGUUUGGAUAUGAUGUCCCUGACGCCCUCUUCACGGCUGACUAUCAGACAUCCAAUCGUUUUCAUUUUAAGAUCACUGAUAUGGAUAGCAAACGCUAUGAAGUCACCCUUGAAAAUAUUGACUUGCUUGAUAGGACUCCUAAGACCUCUAAUUUGAACUAUCACGUAGAGGUCAUUAAUGAGCCCUUCAGCUUCAAGAUCAUACGGACCAGCAACAAAAGAAUCUUGUUGGACACGAGCAUCGGGCCCCUGCAGUUCGCCCAUCAGUACCUGCAGCUGUCUUUCCGACUGCCCAGCACCUCCGUGUAUGGGCUGGGAGAACACGUGCAUCAGCAGUACCUCCACAACCUGACCUGGAAGACCUGGCCCAUCUUCACUCGGGAUGCCACCCCCACCAAGGGCAUGAUUAAUCUGUAUGGAGCUCAUACAUUCUUCCUGUGCCUCGAAGACACCAGCGGCUCCUCUUUUGGGGUUUUUCUGUUGAACAGUAAUGCCAUGGAGGUCAUCCUUCAGCCUGCUCCUGCAAUCACUUACCGCACGAUUGGGGGCAUCCUUGACUUUUAUGUAUUCCUGGGAAAUACUCCAGAACAAGUGGUUCAGGAAUAUCUGGAGCUCAUUGGACGACCAUUCUUGCCUCCCUACUGGAGUCUUGGGUUCCAGCUUAGUCGCAGGAACUAUGGCGGAAUCAAUGGAUUGAGGAAGGUUGUGGACCGAAAUCGUGGAGCUGGGAUCCCAUAUGAUGUCCAGUACUCUGACAUAGACUACAUGGAAGGGGGAAAGGAUUUCACGAUUGAUAAAGAGGCUUUCCCUCAUCUCGAAGAUUUUGCCAAAGACUUGCAUGGCCAAGGAAUGAAAUAUGUGAUCAUUAUGCAUCCUGGAAUAUUAAAUAAAUCUAACUACCAUCCCUAUGAUACUGGAAGUAAGAAGAGAGUAUGGAUCUGGCAGGACAAUGAAUUUGCCAUUGGACAGGGAUAUCCCGGAUUGACGGUCUUUCCUGAUUUUAGCAAUCCAGUUUGUAUUGAGUGGUGGAGAGAGCAGAUCAGUGAAUUUCAUAAAACUCUCGAGUUUGAUGGAGUGUGGAUUGAAAUGGAUGAAGUAUCCAGCUUUCACCACGGAUCCAAUUGUGGGUGUGAGUCAAACCACUUGAACGUUCCUCCUUUCACUCCCAGAGUUCUGGACGGCUUCCUUUCUGCAAGAACCCUCUGCAUGGAUGCAGAAUUUCAUCAGGGCCUUCACUAUGAUGUCCACAGCUUGUAUGGCUACUCCAUGGCAAAAGCUACACACUUGGCCAUGGAGGGUAUCCCCUUAAACAAAAGUAGCUUCAUCUUAUCCCGUUCUACUUUUGCUGGGUCUGGCAAGUUUGCUGCUCAUUGGUUGGGAGACAAUGCAGCCACAUGGGAUGAUCUCCGAUGGUCCAUCCCUAGUAUCCUUGAGUUCAACCUAUUUGGUAUCCCCAUGGUAGGUGCCAACAUCUGUGGUUAUACAAAAAAUGUCACAGAGGAGCUCUGCAGAAGGUGGAUGCAGCUUGGAGCCUUUUAUCCACUAUCAAGGAAUCAUAAUGGGCCUGAGUUUGUGGAUCAGGAUCCCGUUGCCUUUGGCAGCCACUCUCUGCUGGUGAAUUCCUCCAAACAUUAUCUGAACAUCCGCUACACUCUACUCCCCUAUCUCUACACCCUUUUCUACCGAGCUCACACCCGGGGAGACACCGUGGCAAGGCCCCUUGUCCAUGAGUUCUACCAGGACCCAGCUACAUGGGAGGUGCACGAGCAGUUCUUAUGGGGGCCUGGACUUCUCAUCACACCUGUUUUAUAUGAGGGUGUGGACCAAGUGAAGGCAUACAUACCGGAUGCCGUGUGGUACGACUAUGAGACAGGAGUAGCUAUCCAGUGGAGGAAACAACUGGUAGAGAUGCAGCUACCACCCGAUAGGAUUGGACUUCACCUCCGUGGGGGCUUCAUAUUUCCCACCCAGCAGCCCAGCACAACCACAGAGGCCAGUCGGAAGAAUCCCCUGGGACUCAUUGUUGCCUUGGACUAUAAGAGAGAAGCGAAGGGAGAGCUGUACUGGGAUAAUGGUGAAUUCAAAGAUGAAAAGUAUAUUCUGUAUGAUUUUUCUGUCACCUCUAACCAUCUACAGGCAAAGGUUAUAAAUAAUAACUAUACGGACCCCAACAACCUCACGUUUACAGAUAUCAUAAUCUUGGGAAUGGACAAGCAACCUAUGAAUUUCACUAUUUCAUUGAAGAAUUCUUACAGGUCCAUUUUAAAUGUUACCUACAAUGUUUCAUCAAAGGUGGUGAAGAUUACUGAUCUCAAGGGACUGGUACUUGGACAAGGAUUCUCCAUUAAAUGGGAACUUCCAGUCAGUGACCUGGAGAAAUUCAACUGCUACCCUGAUGAGCCCCCCCUCACUCUGGAGCAUUGCAGGAAGCGGGGCUGCCUCUGGGAGGACACAACUGUUCCUGGUGUGCCUACCUGUUACUAUGACACCAUCCCUAAUUAUGCUGCCAGUAACAUUCAGUACCUGCCCACGGGCAUCACCACAGACCUCACCCACCUGAUGACCCCUGAAUCAACUCGAGCAGCCACUGCUGCUGGUUCUCUUUCUGCAACGAUCAGCUUCCUCCGCCUGAGUGUCAUCUACCACACAGAAAACAUGCUGCAGUUCAAGAUCUUUGAUGCCACUAACAAAAGGUACGAGGUCCCAGUGCCUCUGAACACACCUCGCUCUCCUGUUGGCUCCCCUGAAAACCGUCUGUAUGAUGUCAGGAUUCAGAACAAUCCUUUUGGGAUCCAGAUUCGACGAAAAAGCUCCAACACUGUGAUUUGGGACUCUCAGCUCCCCGGCUUUACUUUCAAUGACACGUUCCUCUCCAUUUCGACUCGCCUCCCCUCUCAGUACCUCUACGGCUUUGGGGAGACUGAGCACACAGCCUUCAGGAGAAAUAUGAGCUGGAACAUGUGGGGAAUGUUCGCUCGUGAUGAGCCACCCGCGUACAAGAAGAAUUCCUAUGGCGUCCACCCCUACUACAUGGCACUGGAGCAGGAUGGCAGUGCCCAUGGGGUGCUCCUGCUAAACAGCAACGCCAUGGAUGUAUCAUUCCAGCCCACUCCUGCCCUGACAUACCGCACCACAGGAGGGAUUUUGGACUUUUAUAUGGUUUUGGGGCCAACCCCCGAGCUUGUAACUCAACAGUACACUGAGUUGAUUGGUCGGCCAGCAAUGACUCCAUACUGGGCCUUGGGAUUCCAGCUAAGUCGCUAUGGAUACAAGAAUGAUAAGGAGAUCUCCCAAUUGUAUGAGGCAAUGAUGGCGGCCCAGAUUCCCUAUGAUGUCCAGCAUGUAGACAUCGAUUACAUGGACCGGAAGCUGGACUUCACUCUCAGCCCCAGCUUCCAAAACCUCGGUCUCUUGAUUGACCAAAUGAAGAAAAAUGGCAUGAGAUUUGUUCUCAUUCUGGACCCAGCCAUUUCUGGCAACGAGACCCAUUAUCCCACAUUCAAGAGAGGGCAGGAAAACAACGUAUUCAUCAAAUGGCCUGAUAACAAUGAAAUCGUCUGGGGAAAGGUUUGGCCAGAUUUGCCCAAUGUGAAUGUGGAUGCCACCCUUGACCAUGAAACUCAGGUUAAGCUGUACAGAGCCUACGUUGCUUUUCCUGACUUCUUACGUGAUAGCACAGCUGCAUGGUGGAAGAAGGAAAUACAGGAGCUCUAUGUGAACCCUCAAGAGCCAAAGAAGAGCUUGAAGUUUGAUGGAUUGUGGAUUGACAUGAAUGAGCCAUCAAACUUUGUGGAUGGAUCUGUCAGGGGCUGCAGCGAUAAAAGUCUUAACAAGCCACCCUAUAUGCCACAUUUGGAGUCCAGGGACAUGGGCCUUAGCAGCAAGACCCUGUGCAUGGAGAGUCAGCAGAUCCUGCCAGACGGCUCACGGGUGCGACACUAUGAUGUGCACAGCCUGUACGGAUGGGCCCAGACCAGACCCACCUACGAAGCCGUGCAGGCGGUGACAGGAAAGCGAGGGGUCGUCAUCACCCGCUCCACGUUCCCCUCUUCUGGCCGCUGGGGAGGUCACUGGCUGGGAGACAACACGGCCGCGUGGGACCAGCUGAGGAAGUCUAUCAUUGGCAUGAUGGAGUUCAGUCUCUUUGGAAUAUCUUAUACAGGAGCAGAUAUUUGUGGGUUCUUUGGAAAUGCCGAAUAUGAGAUGUGUCUUCGCUGGAUGCAGCUGGGGGCCUUUUACCCAUUUUCCAGAAACCACAACACCAUCGGGACAAGGAGACAAGAUCCUGUGGCCUGGAAUUCAACCUUCGAGAUGUACUCAAGAAAAGUCCUUCAGACCAGAUACGCCCUGCUGCCUUACCUCUACACUUUGAUGCAUAAAGCUCAUGUUGAGGGCAGCACUGUCGUCCGACCCCUUCUCCAUGAGUUUACAAAUGACAGAGUGACAUGGGAUAUAGACCGUCAGUUUAUGUUGGGUCCUGCUAUCUUAAUCAGCCCCGUGCUGGAAAGUAACACUUUUGAGAUCCAAGCCUAUUUUCCCAGAGCCCGUUGGUAUGACUACAGCACGGAAUCUGGCAAUGCAUCAACAGGUUACUGGAAAACCCUGGAGGCUCCCCUUGACCACAUCAACCUUCAUAUCAGAGGAGGCUACAUCCUGCCUUGGCAAGAGCCUGCAAUGAACACUCAGGCCAGUCGACAAAAAUUUAUGGGAUUGAUUGUUGCUUUGGAUGACAAUGGGAAAGCUGAAGGCCAGAUAUUCUGGGACGAUGGACAAAGCAUUGAUACCUAUGAAAAUGGAAACUAUUUCUUGGCAAACUUUAUAGCAGCUCAGAACAUACUGCAAAUCCAAACCAUGCACAAUAAGUAUUUGAGUGACUCAAAUCCACUGAAAGUUGGAUAUAUUAAAAUCUGGGGGGUAAACUCUACUUAUGUGACACAAGUCACUUUUACUUAUGACAACAAGCAAUUCAUGGAGAAGAAUUUCAAGAGUGACCCUUACAAUCAGAUACUAACAAUUCAAUUGACUGACAAGAUUAUCAACCUGGAAAAACUAACUGAGGUUACCUGGAUAUACGGUGGCCCUAUAAUUUCUACUACAUCUAUGACAAGUACCUUCCCAACAGAGUCUCUACAUCCUUCUACAGUUACGACUAAGGCUACCACUUUUGAAACUGUUAUCACUAGUUCUGCGAGUACUACUACGACUCUUCCUAUCACAACCACUCCUUUCCCAACAAGUACUAUGGAAGAUACAACAAAUACUACUAUUACUAAUAGCACUACACCAUCCUCUACAAGUACCCCUACUGCUAGCACUAGUACUCUUCCUAUCACAACCACUCCUUUCUCAAUAAGUACUAUUGAAAUGACAACUAGUACUACCAGUUCUGAUCCCACUACACCAUCCUCUACAAGUACCUCUGCUCCUAGUCCUAGUACUCUGCCGAUCACAACCACUCCUUUCCCAACAAGUACUAUUGAAGUGACAACUAGUACCGCUGGUGCUGAUACCACUACACCUGCUGCUACAAGUACUACUACUAGUAGUAGUCCUAGUACUCUUCCUGUCACAACCACUCCUUUCCCAACAAGUACUAUGGAAGGUACAACAAGUACUACUAUUACUAAUAGCACUACACCAUCCUCUACAAGUACCCCUACUGCUAGCACUAGUACUCUGCCGAUCACAACCACUCCUUUCGCAACAAGUACUAUUGAAGGGACAACUAGUACUGCUGGUGCUGAUACCACCACACCUGCCCCUACAAGCACUACUACUAGUACUAGUACUCUGCCUAUCACAACCACUCCUUUCCCAACAAGUACUAUUGAAGUGACAACUAGUACUGCUGGUCCUGAUACCCCUACACCUGCUGCUACAAGUACUACUACUAGUAGUAGUACUAAUACUCUUCCUGUCACAACCACUCCUUUCCCAACAAGUACUAUUGAAGUGACAAGUACUACCAGUUCUGAUGCCACUACACCAUCCUCUACAAGUACCCCUACUGCUAGCACUAGUACUAGUCCUUUGCAAACAAGUCCUAUUGAAAGUACCACUCCUUUGCAAACAAGUACUAUUGAACUUACAACUAGUACUACUAUUACUAAUACCAUUACACCUUCCCCUACAAGUACUAUUUCUAAUACUACGCUUCCUAUUACAACCACUCCUUUCCCAACAAGUGCUAGUGAAGCUACAACUAGUACUUCUGGACCUGAUACCACUACACCUGCCCCUCUAACUAUGAAUGCUAGCGCUAGUACUCUUCUUAUCACAACCACUGCUUUCCCAGCAAGUACUAUUGAAUUUACAACCAGUACUACAUAUCCUGAUACCACGACACCCACCCCUACAAGUAUGACUGCUAGUACUACUCCUCUUCCUAUCACUCCCACUCCUUUCCCAACAAGUAUUACUGAAGCUACAGCUAAUGCUACCUAUUCUCAUGUCACUAUACCAUCCUCUACAAGUAUUCCUACUGCUAACACUAGUACUCUUCCUGUCACAACCACUCCAUUCCCAACAAGUACUAUUGAACUUACAACUAGUACUAUUAUUCCUAAUACCACUACACCGUCCCCUACAAGUACCACUGCUAGCACUAGUACUCUUCCUGUCACAACCACUCCUUUCCCAACAAGUACUACUGAAGUUACCACUAGUACUACCCAUCCUGAUACCACUACACCUUCCCCUACAACUACGGCUAAUGCUACUACUACUCUUCCCAUUGCAACAGCUCUUUUCCCUACAAGUACUAUUGAAGUUACAACUAGUACUACUAUUCCUGAUACCACUAUACCAUCUGCUACCAGUACUACUGCUAAUACUAGUAGUAUUCAUCCUAUCACAACCACCCCCUUCCCAACAAAUACUACUGAUGCUAGCACCAAUACUAGUGUUCUUAUUACCGCUACUCUUUCCCCAAUAAGUACCGAUACCACUACCAUUAAUAAUAGUGUUUUAAUUACACCCACUGCUUCUCCUAUGAAUGCGGGUGCUAAUACUACUAACAACAGUUUUCCUAUUACGACUCCUUUUUCUGUAAGUACUUAUGAUACAAACACUGCUAUUGCUAUGGUAACGACUUCUUUUACAAGUACUGAUGUUGCUAGCACUGGCAACCACACUCCUAUUACCAGUUCUCCUUCCCUUAUGAUAUCCGGUGGGAAUAGCACUAGCAUUACUAUUCCUACAACGUCUACUCCUUCUUCUACAGAUAUUUAUUCUCCUAGCACUAGUGUAAUAGCUAAUACCACCACCAACACUGUAAACGGUACAGGGCAUGCAGUAAAUAUUACUGAUGCAGAUAACUCUAACAGUGUUCCAUAUAACACUACCCAUGUUUCUAUUCCAAAUGCUACAAUGGCCUCAGACACAUUAAUGACUGUUCUUCUAGACACAGCAGCUCACAAUCAGGUAACAGCCAACUCUGCAGUUAGUUAUUUACCUAUUGUUGCAACUAAUGCUACCACAGAUAGUACAAAUAUUACCAUAUAUGCUUUAAACACUACCAUUCUUGAUAGAACAACAAUGGAUGCUUCUACUCCUGUAUCUACCUACAUUGCAAACACCGUAAAUGCUACUCUAGUUCCAUGAUUACUACUUGAAGCAGGACAGUUACUAUGGACAUCUCUUUAAAAAAACUAUUACAGGGGCACCUGGG